CAGAUCAAGAAAGAGGAAAAAGCUCGUAAAAAGGAGAGAGGGAGAGACAAAGAACGAGAGAAAGAAAAGGAUACGGACAAAACAGACGCUAAGCAACUAGUUGGUUCAUUUGAAGAUUCCUCUUCGUCUAAUUCCACUGAGCAACUUGACAACGACAGCACACCUCCUCUUGAAGAUACGGUACAAACUGAAACUGAAACCAACGUGCAAUGUGACAAAACUACUGAGAAUGAACUCAAUAAACUAUCAGAGACGACUAUUAUCGACGUAUCCCCAAAAAAGGGCAAUGAAAUACCGGUACUCGUGUCCCCAGCUGUUCCCAGUACUGCCAUCAAGACUGGUCGUACAACUAAGACCACAAAACAAGAAACUAAAGAGACGUUCACUGACUCGUUUUCAAGAACACUAGAUCAAGCCGCCACUUACGGUACUAAGAAAAUCAGUACUGGCAAAAAACCUUCCGAGAAAAUUAAAUCACCCGUUGUUGAGAAGAUCACACAACUAGUUGAGGACAAUCUUCUCGAACACCAGCUGAAAUCAGAUGAGAACGUUAGACAGCGGCCACAAACUCUGCAUGUUGUACCUAUCAUAAGGAGCGAGUUGAUUGAAGAACCUGUUAUCAUAAUUCCAAUGGACUCUGAUAGCUUGGUUGAAACGGAUGGUGUGACACAUACUCUACUCAGUGUGGACUCUGGUAAAGGCGGUUCUCAGAGUCUGCCCACUUCUCCUCACGAGCUGGCUGCUUCUUUACUCUCCAAUAACUCGGCCAUUAUGCGUAGGAAGCAGAAGAGCGAUCGUGACAAACCUGACGAUGGACAGGAAGAUGAUGACUACCAACUCCCGGAACAAGACGAGCAAAGUGAAACUGAAAUGACGAAACCAAUUGAAGCACCACUGAGUCCACAGAAAGAUGAAUCUUCUCAUAAUUCAAGCGACAAUGAGUUCAAGCCGCCUCUAUCUACACUCUCCCUGAACGCAGAACCAUUUUAUCCAUCUCCAACUUUUGCACCGAAAUCUGGCCCAAGUCUACGAGCAGAUCCGAGGAAAUUUGGUCCCGACCACAGCUCCCAGCCCAGAGGACCACCCCCUGGUUUAUCACCAACUCCUGAUGAUGCCCACAUGUGUCCCUACCCUGAGGGAUCGUACUUUAAGAGACCACAUCCGUUACGAGGAGGCAAAUCGAUGACCCCCUCACCACCUUUACCGUAUUUCCCCGAGGGAUCGCAUAUGCCGUACAGUGACUAUCCCUCACUUGAACACCACAAUCCAAUGGCAAUGGACGAACCGUACAGUGGGCCUGAGGACUUCCCACCGAUGCCUAUGGGGCGUCAUAGUCGAGAGCACUAUCGUGGUCGCUCACCAAUGAUGGCACCAAAGAGCGGACAUGCAUGGGGAUACUGGAACCAUCAUAAUUGGCUGAAUAAUUUGUAUAUAAUUUAUACGCAUGCAGUACCAGCAACGUAAUGUAUUUGUCAUAAU